AUGAGUUUGUCCAGCAUUAGCACGGAGUCUGAGUUUUCCGAGGAGGAAGAGCCGGAGGCUUGUGCGUCAGGAUUGAAGGUUUCAAACACUCCCAGUGAAGAUGCUCUGUUAGCCUCGUCAAAAAGCGCUCUCAUGGAAGUCAACAUUGGUAAAAAGCGAAAGAGGCCGGCUCGAUCCAAAGCUCGCCGGGUCGCUGCGAACGUCCGAGAACGCAAGCGAAUCCUGGACUACAACCAAGCCUUCAAUGCAUUGCGCAUGGUCCUGAAUCACGACCUGAGCAGCAAACGUCUCUCAAAGAUCGCAACACUGCGGCGGGCCAUCCAUCGCAUCUCAGCUUUGUCUGCGCUCUUACACUCAAACUCGCAAGAAGAACCAGAUGCACCGUCAAGCGUCCGUCCUGAGCGCCAAGAGGAACCGUUGGACAACUGGUCAGACUCCCAGCACCAUGCUGACCUUCAGAGAACCCCUCAGAAUUCUUCACUCAUAUCUGGAGCUCUCAAAUCACUGUCUUCUCCAACUUCUUACGGCAACUUCUCUCCUGCAUACAGGUACUCUGUAGAGGCACUGAACUAUCCAAACCCCGAUUUUCAGGGUUUCAAACACACAGAUGUGUUUCCGGAUGCUUCGGCCAUUCCUUUCUCUUGGCAGUGGCAGUGCUCAGGAUUCCAGCAGUCUUUGAGUAUGCACUGA